UUAGGGCAUUUACGCAAAAAAAAAAAAAAAAAAAACCGUGAAUUUAACCCCAUUGGCUCUUGGGCAAAAAAAAAACAUUUGCUUUUAUCUCUCAGUGCUUUUUGCUUUUGCUUAGAGCCAGAGCCAGCCAGAGCCAGGGGAAAAAUGGCGGAGAUUACUCAGGGAGAAGAAAUUCCGCGGAAUAUGACUUUAUACAUCAACAAUCUCAACGAGAAGAUUAAAAUCGACCAGUUGAAGAAAUCGUUGCACGCUGUGUUUUCGCAAUUUGGGAAGAUAUUGGAUGUGUUAGCAUUCAAGACGCUGAAACACAAAGGUCAAGCUUGGGUUAUUUUCGAGGAUGUCAACUCCGCUACCAAUGCUCUUAGGCGAAUGCAGGGCUUUCCCUUUUACGACAAGGAAAUGAGAAUACAAUAUGCAAAGACUAAAUCAGAUAUAAUAUCAAAAGCAGAUGGCACUUUUGUUCCCCGAGAGAAGCGAAAGAGGCACGAGGAAAAGGGAGGGAAAAAACGAAAAGAACAACUUGAUCCUAAUCAAGCAGCAGCAGGUUUAAAUCCAGCUUAUGCGGGUGCUUAUGGUGCAACACCUCCUCUAUCACAAAUACCUUACUUGGGUGCUAGACCAAUUGUCCCAGAAGCUCCUGCGCCACCAAAUAACAUUCUGUUUGUUCAGAAUCUUCCCCAUGAUGCCACCACAAUGAUGCUGCAAAUGCUCUUCAACCAAUAUCCUGGUUUAAAGGACGUUAGGAUGGUGGAAACAAAACCAGGUAUUGCUUUUGUGGAGUAUGAAAACGAGAUGCAAUCAACAGUUGCAAUGCAGGCACUACAAGGUUUCAAGAUACAGCAAAACCAGAUGUUAAUUACUUAUGCAAAGAAGUAGCUGGGAAGUCUGAAAGAGUGCUUUUCUGUUGCUUCCUACUUGAAGAAGGCUGUUUGUAUGGGUGGUCAAUUAGAUGCCAUCAAAUCUAAUUCAGUGGCUGUUUUGUGAUAUAUUCUCUUUAACUAGAGCUUCAGAAUCGUUGUUGUAGAUUGUAGUUCAGAUGUUUAUUUUGUGCUACUUUCUUUCUUUUUUACAUGUCUUUUUUGGAAAAAAAAAAUAGAACAGUUAUUUGAUGCUUACCUAUUUAUUAGUUAAUCUGUUAAGCUUUGAUAAACUUUCGGAUUUUUAAAUUCUCAAAAUACUUUUGUAGUUAAUUCAACUAUAGACUCAAGAAACUGAUCAUCUUUUAGAUUAGUUGGUAUGUUAUUAGAGUUAGCAUUU